CUGCUGGCGUGUGGUGGGCCGUUGGUUUUUUUUUCACGUUCAUAGCUGUUUGGAGAGUGAAUGACAAGUGGGGCUCGUUAUGUGUGGGUCAAAAGAAUGACGUGCCUUUCGUUCAAUUCUGCGUAACAAAAGCAAGAAACCCUAGACAGACGAGGGGUAACAGGAAAAAGUAAAGCAGCCGCCUUAUCUCCUCGCUCGCUCCCUCCUCUCUCCCACGCCGCCCCGUCCCUCUCCCUGCUCGUCCCCUCAUCUCCUCUUUCCUCGACGCCGGCUCCCCUGCUUGCCUCUCCGACCUAGGACAGAGCCUCACCGGCAGCUCCCCCAAGCCGGCGCCCGCUAGCUGCUGGUGUGGAGGCGAGCUUCUCCGACGGCGACGGCGACAAGCUUGUCCAGGUCGCCAUGGCCGGCGACGACGAACGGGAGGGCGGAGGUGUUGCCAUGGCCGCCUUUGCCAAGAGCUCGCACAUCUUCAACCCUCAGCCACGUUAGUUUUGGGGUGGCUAUUUUCUGGAUCCGCUGCUGCCGCGCGCCGUGUGUCUGGAUCAGGCGCAGGUCGCCGCCAUAGGAGAGCAGGGCGGCGUGGUCUUUGUGGUGGGCAUGGAGCAGGGGAGGAUGAGGGCGAUGGCAUGAGGAAAGGAGCAGCAAGGUCGGAGUUCCAGGCGGUGCUGGCCGUCGUCACAUGUCCCCAGUCUAGUGUGCAGAUCUAAGAAAAAAGAGAAGGGGAUGAAUCUUGAGGAAGAGCUUGGUGAAGAACAAGGAGUUGAGAACACAUAUUUUGUAGCUGUUCGUAAUGGCAACGGUGGUAAUCAACGAUGAGAAAAAAGGUCCGAGAUUGGAUUUGUACUAGCAGGUGAUGCCUUAAUUUAGUUCAUGGCAUUAUGGCGGGACGCAUGUGGUAAUUGGUUACAAUGGUGGCUCAUGGAGUUAAAAUUUUGUGUUCUGUACAGAUUUGAGAUGAUAGAAAUUCAAAAUAGUCUUAAUUUUCAGAUCAUGACCACAGCUUGCGGAGUUUCAAAAUCUAAUCUCUAAUUUCCGCAUCAAGCUAAGUGGUCCCGUUGUUUAGCAUUUAGGCACUUUCUAUUUAUUGCUUCAGUGUAAUGUUUAAGGUUGUUGCUUUAACAACGUUUGAUCUAGAUUAUCAGUAAAACACACUCACAAUUAGGUGUUCUUCCUUGGUUAGCUGCCUGCAUUUCUUAUGUUUGAUUGGUUCAAGCCAGUAUGACUCUUUUUCUUUGCCUUUCACAGGGGUCCUUUGCUACUGUUGGUUGUGUCCUUGCUUCUUGGAGAGGAGGGAGCGCAGAUGACUUUGAUGCCAGAAAUAGGGGAGGAACAUAAGGUCAAGUAUCCGUGUUGUUUGGUACCUUAUAGAAGAUGCAUUACGCAAUGGUCUCGGCAAUUUUUCCAUAUUGGGAAAAUGCCAUCUUUCACAAAAUGAAACUAUGCCUACAGAGCUGCUGAGGGAUGCCCUGUAGUGGACUGGCCGAGACUGUCGAGCAUCAGGUUGCAAAUCUCCAGAGGUACAAGGGGCUCAUUGGUAGCCUGGCCUGCUUUUGGUAUAUCAAUGAGGACAUCCCUGACAUAAAUUCGUUUCGUGACAGACGGAGGCUUACAACAUGGGGUGGUCACAUCCAGCGAGGGUGGCGUUCUGUGGAUUCGGCGCCCCCCAUCCCAGCAGCGCGUGGGAGCCGGUGUCUUCGGGAAGAGCUGAGUCUCCUUGCCGGCGACCUCACCAUCUUGCCAGCGACUUCACCUUCACCAGCCCGUCUACAGUUGCUUGAGCUGAAGCAUUGCGAUGAUGAAACGUUAGCUAUUGUUGAUUCUAAACUUGGAAAUGCUAUAAAAGAGAAGCUGAAAAUUGGCUGCGUUCACAACAGUGAUGUGAUGGAGCUAAUGAGAGGGCUCAGAAAUCAGCUUAGUGAGCUUAUAUCUGGGUUGGGCACACAGGACCUUGAUCCAAGGAGCUUGGGACUUUCCCACAGCUUGUCUAGAUACAAGCUGAAAUUCAGUCCUAAAAAGGUGAGGAAUUCAUGGGCUUGUAACAUGGAAAAAUAAUUGUAAGUGUAGUUUCAGGGAAGAACAUGCCGAAUAUAACAGCCGAAGAAGGAAGGGACAUGAGGCUGUAAUGUCUUUUUUGUUCCCAUUUCUUUCAGGAAGUCACAGCUAGGAGUGGUGGGUGGACAUAUAACUGUCUGUUAGCCCUUUUAUGUUUUUCUGAAUGAAGUGGGAGCUAAUGCUAGAUUCUUUUCCUGAUACAUAAUUCAUAUGUACACUUACCCCACUAUAAUGAUCACAAAUGUUUACAACUAUCUGAAUCGUGUGAUUGCAAAGUAGAACUCAUAUGAUUGAUACUGAUGAUGUAAUGUGUUAUCUGCAGUAUAUCUCAAUUUUGAACGUGACAUGUACUGUAUGUAUAUGCAAAAAUUGAGCUUUUUGUCAA